ACCUGAGCUGCCUUCGAGUCGGUCGUCCAAACCAGUAACUACACUGACCCUUGCAUCCCAUCCAAAUCGAGCCUCAACAGAGAACAACACAACGCAACCCAACGUCAACUUCGCUGCCGGGCGCAAACCGAAAUCCAUCUUUUUACCACGCCUUCCCCGACAACGAACUGCAAAUCCCCAAACCCUCCGGAGCCCGAGAUUUCCUGAUACCUCGAUUCUUCUCUACCAAUCGCCACACGCACCGAAACCGACGCCGUCACCAUGGCGCUCGACAACUACUACCACAACAAGAUCGAGGCGAUGCAGCUCGAGAUACUCAAAGGUCAAGCCGUUCUCCGCCGCCUAGAAGCCCAACGAAACGACUACAACUCGCGGGUACGCCUGCUCAGGGAGGAGCUGGGCUUGCUGCAACAGCCGGGCUCGUACGUCGGCGAGGUCGUCAAGGUCAUGAGCACCAAGAAGGUCCUCGUCAAGGUACAUCCUGAAGGAAAAUACGUCGUCGAUGUCGCCGAUUCGGUCGACGUCGCCAAGCUCACAGUCGGCAAACGCGUGACCCUGCUGUCCGACUCGUACAAGCUCGAAAAGAUCCUCCCGUCAUCCGUCGACCCGCUCGUCUCCCUCAUGAUGGUCGAGAAGGUGCCUGACAGCACCUACGACAUGAUCGGUGGCCUGGACCAACAAAUUAAGGAGAUCAAGGAAGUCAUUGAGCUCGGCCUCAAACACCCGGAAUUGUUCGAGUCGCUCGGCAUUGCCCAGCCCAAGGGCGUGUUGCUCUACGGGCCGCCCGGCACCGGCAAGACGCUGCUGGCCCGCGCCGUCGCCCACCACACCGAUUGCAAGUUCAUCCGCGUGUCGGGCUCCGAACUAGUCCAGAAAUACAUUGGCGAGGGCAGCCGCAUGGUGCGCGAGCUGUUCGUCAUGGCGCGCGAGCACGCGCCCAGCAUCAUCUUCAUGGACGAGAUCGACUCGAUCGGCUCCUCGCGCGUCGAGGGCUCCUCGGGCGGCGACUCGGAAGUCCAACGCACCAUGCUCGAGCUCCUCAACCAGCUCGACGGCUUCGAGCCGACCAAAAACAUCAAGGUCAUCAUGGCGACGAACCGGCUCGACAUCCUGGACCCGGCCCUGCUGCGGCCGGGGCGCAUCGACCGCAAGAUCGAGUUCCCGCCGCCGAGCGUUGAGGCCCGCGCUGAUAUUCUGCGCAUCCACAGCCGCAAGAUGAACCUGACGCGCGGCAUCAACCUGACCAAGAUCGCCGAGAAGAUGAACGGCUGCUCCGGCGCCGAGCUCAAGGGCGUCUGCACAGAGGCCGGCAUGUACGCCCUGCGCGAGCGCCGCGUGCACGUCACGCAGGAAGACUUUGAGCUGGCCACGGCCAAGAUUCUGAACAAGCACGACGACAAGGAGGUGUCGCUGGCGAAGCUCUGGCGUUAGUCGGUGAUGAUAAACUUGUUGCUGAAGAGUCAAUUGCGCGGCUGCGCUCUGUAGCACAGCAACAUGGCAGCAACCGAGUCUUGUGGUAGAGUGUCUGGCGCCCGCGUGACUAGAUUGUAACACAAAUAUGGCGUGCCGAGCAGACCGACGGAUUCGUCAUUGCCGGGGCAUGCCUUGUAUGUACUGUACGCCAGGGAGAGAAGGGCUAAAAACUAGCGCAUCAAACCAUGGAAAUCGACCGACCUUGGUAUAUUGACCCGCAUGUAGCUCCCGGUUGAAUUCAGUCCAUCAGACAAGGGAAAUUCAUAAAGAGAAGAAAAGCAUUGCUUCUCUAAACC